GGAGGAGGAAAAGACCGGUUGCCGGAAGUCACGUUAGGAUUUGUUGACAGCCGCUGCUACUGCGGCCGAUGCGAGAGGGGAGAGCGGACCCCGGUGGAAACUAGGGGCGCUUCCCCCCCUCGCUGUCUCUCUGUCUCUUCCCCACCCCCUCCUGUCUUCCGAACCGGAUCCGGAACCAACUCCAACCCGGAUACUUCCUCGCCCAGGGAGCCGGGAAGACAGGAAGAAUUUAAAAACAUUCCUGUUUACCCAGGCACUUGAUGGCAGAAAGACACAGUUCCUGGCAACCCUGAGAUCACUGGUUGAGAGGCAUUCCUGACAUCACUGUAAGAUCCGGUUGGAAAUCUCCUUCAAUCAAGAGAAGGGAAUCCCGGGGGAGGGGGGGAAGAAGCGCAUAUUUGCCACACGUCCCCCCCCUCACUCCCCCCUUCUCCCCUUUUCACAAAAUGGCUUCCGACAGCCCGGAGUCGCUGAUGACGCUGUGUACAGAUUAUUGCCUCCACAACUUGGAGGGGACCCUUUGCUACUUGCUCGACAACGAGACCCUCCGCCUCCACCUGGACAUCUUUCUGCCAAGCGAGAUCUGCGACAGACUUGUCAAUGAGUAUGUGGAGCUGGUCAACGCCGACAGCAUUUUCGAGCACAACGAGAGCUUCUUCACUCUCUUCUCAGACCCUCGGAGCACCAGGCUGGCGCGAAUCCAUUUGCGAGAGGACAUUGUGCAGGAUCAAGACCUCGAAGCCAUUCGAAAACAGGACCUCGCUGAGCUCUUCCUGACGAAUUGCGAGAAGCUGACCGCCAAGAGCCUGCAGACCCUGGGCAGCUUCAGCCCCACCCUCGUCUCCCUCAGCCUCUUCGGCUGCACCAACAUUUUUUACGAGGAGGAGAACCCGGGGGGCUGCGAGGAUGACUUGAACCCCACCCGCCAAGUCUUGGUCAAGGAUUUCACCUUCGAGGGCUUCAGACGCCUGCGCUUCCUCAACUUGGGCCGGAUGACCGAUGGGGUGAACGUGGAGGGGCUGCUCCGGCCUUUGGCCACCCUGACCGCCCUGGACCUCUCUGGGAUCCAGCUCAAUGACAUACUCUUCCUGACCCAAUGGAAGGAUAGCUUAGCUUCUCUAGUACUUUACAACAUGGACCUCUGCGAGGACCACAUUCAGGCCAUAGCACAGCUGCGCAAGCUCAGGCACUUGGACGUUUCCCGGGACUGCCACUCCAGUUACUACAAAUUCAAGCUGACCCGGCGAGUUCUGAACCUCCUUGUGGAGAACCUGGUGAACCUCACCUCCCUGGACAUCUCUGGCCACGCCAUGCUGGAGAACUGCGCCUCCUCAUGCCUGGACGAGAAAGUGGGCCAGACGAGCAUCAACCCUGAAACAAGCAGCAUCACCCCUUUGAGGAAUCUGAAGCGACCGCUGCAGUUCUUGGGCCUCUUUGAGACCGCUCUUUCCCACCUUCCGCAUAUCCCAGCCUACAAGGUGACCGGAGAUAAGAACGAAGAGCAAGUCCUCAACGCCAUCGAGGCAUAUACUGAACACCGGCCUGAAAUCACAUCUCGAGCCCUCAACCUCCUUUUUGACCAUGUCCGCACUGAGCGCUGCAACCAACUUCUGAGGGCCCUCAAGCUAGUCAUCACGGCUCUCAAGUGCCACAAAUACGAUAAAAAUAUCCAGGUGACGGGGAGCGCCACCCUCUUCUACCUCACCAACUCAGAGUACCGCAUGGAGCAGAGCAUCAAGCUGCGACGGCAGGUCAUCCAGGUGGUGCUGAACGGCAUGGAGUCUUACCAGGAAGUAACCGUGCAACGGAACUGCUGUCUGACCCUGUGCAACUUCAGCAUUCCAGAGGAGCUGGAAUUCCAGUACCGCCGGGUCAACGAGCUGCUUCUGAACAUCCUCAACCCGACGCGGCAGGACGAGUCGAUCCAGCGCAUCGCUGUGCACCUUUGCAACGCCCUGGUGUGCCAAGUGGACAAUGACCACAAGGAGGCUGUGGGCAAGAUGGGGUUUGUCAUGACUAUGCUGAAGCUGAUUCAGAAGAAGUUGGUGGACAAAGUGUGCGACCAGGUGAUGGAGUUCUCCUGGAGCGCCUUGUGGAACAUCACAGACGAGACCCCAAACAACUGUGAAAUGUUCCUCAACUAUAGCGGCAUGAAGCUCUUCCUGGAGUGCUUGAAGGAAUUCCCUAACAAGCAGGAGCUGCAUCGCAACAUGCUAGGCCUUCUGGGAAACGUGGCAGAGGUGCAAGAGCUCCGCCCACAAUUGAUGACUUCCCAGUUCAUCAGUGUGUUCAGCAACCUGUUGGACAGCGAAGCCGAUGGCAUUGAAGUCUCUUACAACGCGUGCGGGGUUCUCUCCCACAUCAUGUUCGACGGGCCAGAAGCCUGGAUGAUCCGUGAGCCUCCCAGGGAGGAAGUUGUGGACAGGAUGUGGGCGGCUAUUCAAUGGUGGGAUGUAAAUUCCCGGAGGAACAUCAAUUACAGGUCCUUUGAGCCGAUCCUUAGGCUCAUUCCGCAAGGGAUCUCUCCGGUAAGCCAGCACUGGGCGACGUGGGCCCUCUACAACCUCAUCUCUGUCUACCCAGACAAAUACUGCCCCCUACUGAUCAAAGAAGGUGGUCUCCUCCUCCUAAGGGACAUGAUCAAAAUGGCUUCGGCACGGCCGGAAACGAAGGAGAUGGGACGGAAAGUCAUAGAGCACUGCAACAACUUUAUGGACGAGAACAUGGAGACGUCUAGAUAGAGGCGAGCGGGGCCUCCCGCCUCUCGCGCUGGCACUGUCUCCAGUUCACUGUACCUAGGGUUGGACUUUCUCACCAGCUCGGCGGCUGGAAGGAGACUCUACGAAUAUGUGUGUGCGUGCGUCUAAAAGGAAAAGAAAUACCCUCAGCAAACAGCAGUGCGCACGUGCCCGAGCAAGUCUAGCUGGGGAGACCAUUUUGCACAACGGCAACAACAAAACACUUCCCUUGAAAUAGUGGAUUUCCCUUCCCACCUUUUUUUGUUUUGCUUUAAAACGGUUGGAGUUUGUGUGUAUGUGUGUGUGUGUGUGUAUGAUUUCUGUAUUAAAAAAAAAAGAGGAAACAGAAACCAGUGUGACGUU